AUGAAUAUUUUCUUUCUUUCUUUCUUUCUUUCUUUCUUUCUUUCUUUCUUUCUUUCUUUCUUUCUUUCUUUCUUUCUCAAUCUGUUCAUAUCUAUCUAUCUAUCUAUCUAUCUAUCUAUCUAUCUAUCUAUCUAUCUAUCUAUCUAUCUAUCCUUUCUUUCUUUUUCCAUUCACACAAAAAAUAAUAUUGUCACGUUUUCAUUUCUGAUAUUGUGUACAUCUAUCUAUCUAUCUAUCUAUCUAUCUAUCUAUCUAUCUAUCUAUCUAUGUCUGUUCAUUAUCUAUCUAUCUAUCUAUCUAUCUAUCUAUCUAUCUAUCUAUCUAUGCCUGUUCAUAUCUAUCUAUCUAUCUAUCUAUCUAUCUAUCUAUCUAUCUAUCUAUGCCUGUUCAUAUCUAUACAAAUUUGGAUUAUCUAUCUAUCUAUCUAUCUAUCUAUCUAUCUAUCUCCUUACGAGCAUACAGUCAAUUGUUAUCUGUCGACAUUACUCUCAUAACCUCCACAUCGUACCACCAUCUUUUCCAUCCAUUCUAAACCACAUUCGCAAUACAUUGUUUUCUAUCUCUCUCUCUCUCUCUCUCUCUCUCUAUCUUUUACAAUAUGUUUGUCUGAUUCUGUCUCCCCCAUCUGUAUCUAUUACAAUCUGUAUACUCUCUCUAUAUAUAUCACUAUUUGUACAUAUCUAUCUAUCUAUCUAUCUAUCUAUCUAUCUAUCUAUCUAUCUAUCUAUCUAUCUAUCUAUCUCCCCGCUCUCUCUAUCUAUUACAUCUGUACAUAUCUAUCUAUCUAUCUAUCUAUCUAUCUAUCUAUCUAUCUAUCUAUCUAUCUAUCUAUCUCCCUGCUCUCUCUAUCUAUUACAUCUGUACAUAUCUAUCUAUCUAUCUAUCUAUCUAUCUAUCUAUCUAUCUAUCUAUCUAUCUAUCUAUCAUUUGCAAUUGUACAUUCUCUCACUUGCUCUUUAUCUAUCUAUCUAUCUAUCUAUCUAUCUAUCUAUCUAUCUAUCUAUCUAUCUAAACGCCUUGCAGCGAUCAUCUAUUCCUUUGGAUAUUAUCAACUCAACGAUAUUUAUAGUGAUAGUUUUGCCUGCAUCAUGUUUUCUGAUUGUUAGAUUAGGACUUCUGUUUCCCCUUUUGGCUCUUUCCUUCAGUAAAUCUCUAUAA